UUCAACUCUUCCUGGCUUCUUGAUUUCUCCUCUCUCUUCUUUGCAUUUUGAUCACAAUCCGAAUCAAGUCAUCAACCAGCCAUGAAGAGCAUUAGCAAGGCGGCCGAUCUCCUGAGGAAGGCGGCGGCGGCGCUGCGGGGCAAGGCCGGCGUCCUCAGGGCCCGCCUCCUCUUCCUCGCCUCGCUCCGCCGGAGGACGGCGAUAGUCGCUGGGAUAUCCCGCCACAUCCGCGCGCUCGCGCCGGGUCAGCAGGGCCAGGAGAAGGCGGUGCACUGCCGCGGCAUGGACGUCGCCCCUGAGGAGCACGCGGACGCGGACGACGACAACCACCACGUCUUUGGCCUCCCCAAUUGGACACUCACACUACACUCUCUGUUCGACGAGGAGGAAAUCCAUGGCGGCGGUGCCGACGAGAACCGCUAUGGCGACGUGUACUCCGUGGAGGGGAUCGACGACGAGGACGAGCAGUCGGUGAUCGACGUCAUCAGGAGCCGCCGGGAGGGUGACGGGCAGGAGUUCAGAAUCGAAGACGAGAUCGACCAGGCCGCCGACAUGUUCAUCACGAGGGUCCGCCGCCGGAUGAGCGCGCAACCGGGUCUUUUAGCUAGUGGCGGUCUCCAUUAGCUAGUCUUUGUACCAGAGUAAAUUAAUUAAAUUGCCUGAGUCUGAUUAGCUGAUAGGAUCUGUUUGGACCGAGAGAUUCUUUUCAAAAUUCUUGGAUUUAUUUACGAGCUAAUUAAAUCCCAGAUUUCAAAAGAAAUCUUCACAUACAAAUGCCCUGUUAGUAGUAUGUGUGAAGUCUUGCAGCACAUUUUCUUUCAUCUCUACACCGGAUUAAGUUAAUG